AAAAAACAAAACAAAACAAACAAGCCGAACCACACACACACGACAACGCUUCUAUGGACUUUGAAGCAACUCCGCACCUGUCCACAGCGAGCAGCCCAGUGAAUGGGGGUCCAACCGUAGCAGGAGUCCUCGGCUGUUAGGACUCGUUAAAUUAGGAAUAACGACAGCGUGCUGUACAGGAGAGAAAGUCAACCUAGCAUAGCAUAGAAUGUCUUCGUCAUAUGGGGGCCCACCGCUUCCCCUGUGUGAUGGAGCUCAGGAUGGUUUUGUUCGAGUGAGGAAAACAGACCUGGAAAAGUUGACCACAGAAGUCAUGCAGUUAAGGGAGUUCUUGCCCAGAGUUGUGAACAGUAAUUUAAUUGGCAUGCUACAUAAAAAUAGAGUAACGCAAACUGUGAAGGACCACAUUACACAGGAACAGGAGUAUUUGCAGCAGGAGUGUCUUCAUCUUCAGUCCAGAUUGGAUGUGUUACAAAUUGAAUGUCAGAAGGAGCGAGAGGAGAAAUUGCUGCUGCGUGAGAAGCUCUGGCAGAGCGGAGCUGAGUUGCAGCAACAGGCUGACUUCUGCUUCAGUUUAGGAUCCGCAGUCUGCAGCCUUCUGUGGAACUGUUCUACGAGGGAGGACCUGGUUAAACAGUGGCUGGUUGAUGCAACCCUGCCGGCCUUUCUAGCGGUGGCCACGCAGACUCUGGGGAGCUUUAUAAGUACUCUGGAUGAAGAUGUGAAGAGUCGAUAUGAAGACUACAACACCCAAGAGUACCAGUUUGUCUUGGCACUGACUGGAACUAUCACUAACAUAGCGGCUGUAACCUGUGGGCGGGACUUCCUCUGUAGCUCAGGACACGGUCUCUUGGACACGUUGAUAAAGCUGUUGGAACUGAUGAAGCCUGGUGUACUACCAAAACUGAAAGUGUUGAUGCUCAUGGGUCUUUAUAAUGCCAGUAUCAGUGUGAAGGGGCUGAAGUACAUGAUUGAGAAACCAGCACUGCUGCCUCUUAUUCGGACUCUGCUUGAAGAUAGAUCCUGGGAGGUCUGCCUCCACUCGCUGCGUCUCCUGCAGUCAUUGCUGCUGGAAGAUGUAGCGCAGCCUACCCUGGGCGCUGCUCUGUUGGAUAUGGACCUCCAGGCCCGUAUUCGCAGUUUUACUUUGAGUGUUCAACCCAGCUUGAGACAGUUAGCUCAGCAGACCUUAGCGGACCUCCAGGGACUCAUGCAGGUUCAAGGAUGCAAACAGAACAAACAAUGACACACCGUUCACUUAUUUUGUUCUGUCUUGCUUUGUUUUGUUUUCCGCUGUUUUGUCCAUGUUUGGCAUGAGUCGUGCUCCAGAGUAAUAACUUCAGCAGUUAAAAGUGUGUUCUAGUGUUGUCAAUAGGAAAGAGCUUCAUCUCUUUCAAGAACUGGAAUUGUGACUGAUUGUUCACUGUAUUGUCAUUUUGUGAAGAUCUAAAUAUAUUGGAGACCUGUGCAAAGAAAAAUAAAGAGGAAGUUUGCCUA